AUGGAGCAACGAGCAUUCGACCGGAAGCAGAGGCGGCGAAUGAAACUUGAAGGAUCUCAUCCGGAGAUUAAGACCAUGUGGAAGGAACUUGAGAACGUCCCGAUUAUCACGCCCGUUAAAGCCCAGCAGCCGGCUUCCAUUACUCGCACCCUGAAACCAUUCCAAUUGGAAGGUCUUGACUGGAUGGUCAAACAAGAGAAGACCCAUUACAAGGGCGGACUUCUUGGUGAUGAGAUGGGCAUGGGGAAAACUAUCCAAGCGGUUUCUCUCAUCAUGUCCGACCACCCUGCCCAAGAUCCUACCUUGGUUGUUGUCCCGCCUGUUGCGUUGAUGCAGUGGGCUAACGAGAUCCGUGAAUAUACGAACGGCCAACUGAACGUUCUUGUGUAUCAUGGCUCCAACGCCAAAUCCAAGAACCUCACGAAGAGUCAAAUCAAGAAGUUCGAUGUGAUCAUGAUCUCCUACAAUAGUCUCGAGUCUCUAUACCGUAAGGAGACCAAGGGAUGGACCCGUGGGGACGAGAUUAUUAAAGAAGAUUCACCCAUGCACUGCAUCAAAUUCCAUCGCAUCAUUCUCGACGAGGCCCACAGCAUCAAGCAACGGACCACCGGCGUCGCCAAGUCAUGCUUCGCUCUCCAAGGAACCUACAAGUGGUGCCUGUCGGGAACGCCGGUGCAGAACCGGAUCGGAGAAUUCUUCUCUCUGCUUCGCUUCCUCGAGGUCCGUCCGUUCGCCGACUAUUUCUGCGAGAAGUGCAGCUGCGCGCAGCUGCAUUGGCAGUUGACCGAGGAUCACAUGUGUGCGAGCUGCGGGCACAGUGGAGCAGAGCACGUGUCCGUCUUCAAUCAGGAGUUGCUGAACCCGAUCACCGGUGACAGCGCGACGGACAGGGAGGAGGCGUUGGGGAAGUUGCAUAUGAUCACGGCUCGAGUGAUGCUUAGGCGCAUGAAGAAGGAUUACACGGCUUCGAUGGAAUUGCCUCCCAAAGAGGUCCUCAUCCACAAUGAGUUCUUCGGCGAGAUCGAGCGUGACUUCUCCAAGAGCAUCAUGACGAACAGCACUCGUACAUUCGAUCGAUAUGUGUCGCGGGGUGUCAUGCUCAACAACUACGCCAACAUCUUCGGUCUCAUCAUGCAGAUGAGGCAGGUCGCCAACCAUCCCGAUCUCCUCCUCAAGAAACAUGCUGAGAUCGGCCAAAACGUCCUCGUGUGCAACAUCUGCGACGAACCCGCCGAAGACCCCGUCCGAUCGGCGUGUAAGCACGAGUUUUGCCGCACCUGCCUCAAAACCUAUGUCCAGUCUAGCGAAGGCGCCGGGGAAACGGUGGUGGAAUGUCCCCGCUGCCAUAUCGGGCUCAGCAUCGACUGGGAGCAGCCGGAGAUAGUGCAGGAUGAGGAGCUCGUCAAGAAGAACUCCAUCAUCAACCGCAUUAAGAUGGACGACUGGACCUCCUCCACCAAGAUCGAGAUGCUCAUCUAUGAGCUGUACAAGCUGCGCAGCAAGAAGCAGACCCUCAAGUCCAUCGUCUUCUCCCAGUUCACCUCCAUGCUGCAGCUCGUCGAGUGGCGCCUCCGCCGGGCGGGCUUCAACACCGUCAUUCUCGACGGCAGCAUGAGCCCCGUCCAACGCCAACGCUCCAUCGACUACUUCAUGAAAAAUCCCGACGUCGAGGUCUUCCUCGUCUCACUCAAAGCCGGCGGCGUCGCCCUCAACCUCACCGAAGCCUCCCGCGUCUUCAUCGUCGACCCCUGGUGGAACCCCGCCGCCGAAUGGCAGAGCGCCGACCGCUGCCACCGCAUCGGCCAGCGCCGGCCGUGCGUCAUCACGCGGCUGUGCAUUGAGGACUCGGUGGAGUCGCGCAUGGUGAUGUUGCAGGAGAAGAAGGCGCGCAUGAUCAGCGGGACGAUCAACAACGACAAGGUCGCGAUGGAGAAGCUGACGCCGGAGGAUCUGCAGUUCCUCUUCCGGGGGACGUGA